AUAAAUAUAAUUAAUAAAAAAGGAAGCAAAUGCUGUAAUAUAAGGAGAAAGAAGAGAAAGAGUAGAUGAGCAUACAGGAGAGCCAAUAUCACUAUGUGGUCGUAUAGAAAUGAAGGAAAUGGGAAUUUAUGCAACUCGAUAAUAGCCAUUAAAAAUAAUAGAGGAAUAGAAGAAAAAAUAAGAAGAAAUAACCAAGAAACGAUAAACUUAAGCAAAUUAUAUAGCCCCUCGACAAAAGACAAGAAUAAAAUUGGAUAAAUCAAGAAAUGUAUUAAAUACAGAUAUAGAUGCAACAAUAUUAUAUAAACCAAAAACAAAAGAAAAUAGAGUUUAAUAUGAGUUUAUUUUGAGUACAAUUAAUUAAAUUUUAUUAGAUUCUCCUCCUGAUGUUUUAAGAAGCGUUACUGAUGAGGUUUUGGCAGUUCUUAAAUCUGAUGAUUAAAAAGAUAAAGAUAAAAAAUAAGAUCUAGAAGGUAUGUUAGGUCCCAUUAAAUAAGAACUUUAUGAUCAAUUACUUAAUGCGGCAAAAAUGAUUAACGAUUAUCAUUAGUCUAUGGAAGAUAAUUAAUUAGAUGAUAAUGAUUAAAGAGCUGAUAUUGAUUAAACUUUUGGAUUAGACGAAGAAGAAGACGAAGAAGAUAAUUUCGCUAAUAACUAAGAUAUUUAAUUGAUUGAAUAAGAUAAAUAAGACGAUGAUGAAUCUGAAGAAGAAGAUUAAAAUGGAAGUUAAAAUAAUCUUGAAAUCAAAGCUAAAGCAAAUAUGGAAAUGGAUGCAGAAGAUUUAAAUGAAAACAAUGAUUUGUUUUAUGUUGAUAUUAGAACGAUAGAUCCUUAUUGGCUUUAAACUAAAUUAAAUGAAGCAUUUAAAGAUCCUGUAUAAGCAUAAAAAUUAGACAAACAAGUAUUAUAAAUUUUACAUUCAGAAAAUGAUAUAAAUUGUGAAAAUCAACUUGUAAUGUUAUUAGAUUACGAAAAUUUUGAUUUAAUUAAACUGUUAUUAAAAAAUCGCCAUAAAAUAUACUAUUGUACCCUAUUAGGAAGAGCUGAAGAUGAGCAGGAAAGAUAAUAAGUAUUAGACUAAAUGUCUAAAACAGAAGCAGGAGAAAAAGUAUUAGAAUAAUUAAGAAAUAUAGAUAAGAAAGUAAAAUAAGAGUCCAAUUUGAGAUCUAAAAAUAAUAAAGCUAACGAUAUUAAAUAAGGAAAAGAUAUCGAAUAGGAAGAUAUGUAAGAUUAUUUAACUGCAAGUAAAAUCACAGAUGAGGAAUUUAACAAAUUAUCGAAAAAAAUUCUUGAUUUGGAAAAUUUAGUGUUCUAAUAAGGUAGUCAUUUUAUGAGUAAUGAAAAAUGCAAACCUCCUGAUAAUACUAAAAAAUUCUCUUUUAAAGGUUAUGAUGAAAUUUAUGUACCAGCUACAAAACAUACUGAUAUCGCAGAAAAGAAAAAAAUUAGUUCUUUACCUAAAUGGGCUUAAUUAGCUUUUAAAGAUUUUGAAGAAUUAAAUCCUAUUCAAACUAAAGUAUGUGAUACUGCACUUAAUAGUCCUGAAAAUAUGCUUAUUUGUGCACCUACUGGUGCAGGUAAAACUAAUGUGGCACUUCUAACGAUGCUUUAAGUAAUAGGAAGAUAUAUUAAAAGAGAUGGAACUAUAGAUACUUCGAAAUUUAAAAUUGUCUAUAUUGCACCUAUGAAAGCUUUAGUUUCUGAAAUGGUUUUAUCUUUUCAUAAAAGAUUAGAAAAAUAUGGUAUUGUUGUUAAAGAAUUAACAGGUGAUAGUUAACUUUCAAAAGAACAGAUAGAAGAGACCUAAUUAAUUAUUGCGACUCCUGAGAAAUGGGAUAUUGUAACUAGAAAAAGUGGAGAUAGAACUUAUACGGAAUUAGUAAAGCUUCUUAUUAUUGACGAAAUCCAUUUAUUACAUGAUUCUAGAGGCCCAGUUUUGGAAUCCAUUGUUGCUAGAACUAUUAGAAUGAUAGAAUAAACCUAAGAAAUGGUCAGAAUAGUAGGACUUUCGGCUACAUUACCUAAUUACAAUGAUGUAGCUACUUUUAUUAGAGUAAAUGUAAGAAGUGGUUUAUUUUAUUUUGAUCAUACUUAUAGGCCAAUUCCUUUAGAAUAAGUUUAUGUAGGAAUAACUGAAAAGAAGGCAGUAAAAAGAAUGAUGUUAAUGAAUGAAAUUCUAUAUGAGAAAGUUGUUUAGAGAGCUUCUAGUGAUAAACCUAUGAUUAUUUUUGUACAUUCAAGAAGAGAAACAGUCAAAACAGCUAAUUAUUUAAGAGAAAUAGCAUAUUCAAAAGAUGAUUUAGGCAAAUUUUUGACGUAAUAUUUUUUUUAUUUAUUUAAAAAAAAAAAAUUUAAAAAAAGUGAAGGAUCAGAUAGUUAAACAGUUCUUUAAUCAGUUGCUGAAAAAGCAUAAAAUAAAUAACUAAAAGAAAUGCUACCUUUUGGUUUUGGAAUACAUCAUGCAGGUUUGAAUAGAGCUGAUAGAAAUUUAGUCGAAAGCUUGUUUUUCUAAAGACAUCUAAGAGUCUUGGUUUCUACUGCUACAUUAGCUUGGGGAGUUAAUUUACCCGCACAUACAGUUAUAAUAAAAGGAACAUAAAUUUAUUCACCUGAAUAAGGAAAAUGGACAGAAUUAAGUCCUUAAGAUAUAUUAUAAAUGAUUGGAAGAGCAGGUAGACCUUCUUUUGAUAGAAAAGGCGAAGGUAUAAUAUUGACUACAUAUACCGAAUUAAAAUAUUAUUUAAGUUUAUUAAAUUAAUAGCUUCCUAUUGAGUCUUAAUUUUUAUGUUAAUUACCUGAUUAGUUGAAUGCUGAAGUUGUUUUGGGAACUAUUUCAAAUGUAAAAGAUGCUGUAGAUUGGCUUGGAUAUACUUAUUUAUAUAUAAGAAUGUUAAGAAGACCUGAUUUAUAUAGUAUACCUUUCGAAGAAUUUGAAGAAGAUAGACUUUUGGUUAGACAUAGGGCUAAUUUGGUGCAUUCAGCAGCCACUUUAUUAGAUAAAUAUGGUUUAGUAAAGUAUGAUAGGAAAACAGGAAUUCUAUAGGCUACUUCUUUGGGAAAAAUAGCAAGCCAUUAUUAUAUAAAAUAUCCUUCAAUGGAAAUUUAUAAUAAACACCUGAAAUUAAAUAUGGGUGUAGUUGAAAUUUUUAAAGUUUUUUCUCUUUCAAAUGAAUUUAAGUUUAUUCCUAUAAGAGAAGAAGAAAAGGGAGAAUUAUAAAAACUAAUGGACACAGUCCCUAUUCCUAUAAAAGGGUCACCUGAAGAUCCUGCAAUUAAAAUAAAUAUUUUAUUACAAGCUUAUAUAGGAAGACUUAAAUUGGACGGAUUUGCACUCAAUUCUGAUAUGAUUUAUAUUACAUAGAGCGCUGGUAGAAUUGUCAGGGCAAUGUUUGAAAUUUGCCUAAAAAAGGAUGGGCUAACGUAGCCGAAAUAGCUCUUACAAUGUGUAAAAUGGUAGACAAAAGAAUGUGGAGUUGUAUGA